AUGUCUUCUCAAGAUGAUUUCCAAAUACAGAUGCACCCCGAACUCAGCACGUACGACAUCAACGAGCUCAUAGCAUGGUGUGAGCGAAGCCCACAGUGUGAUCUGGAAAGCCUUUCGCGAUUCAACGUCAACGAGCCGACAUCUACCGACUGCUGCAUCGCUCAGCAAUCGCGUGCGGAUUUACCGAUGCUUUCAGCAGAAGAGAUACAACGCCUCUUCCUUCUAAGACCAGAUUUGCUUGCACCGGAGGCCCAGCGUCUCGACAGCCACACGCCCGGUGAACACGCGCUAUCGCCCGCUUCAGCGAGCGCAUCGGUCGACGCCAACAUCCCAAAUGACGAGAUCCGACGGUGUUACGACCAUGGCUGUGAUGGACGAGCAUUUUCCUGCCGCGAGAACUAUCUUCGUCAUCUCCGCGAGCGACGACUACGGAUCCAUUGCGAUUCCUGCAAUGCCUCGUUCACGCGGAAGAGCAAUCUGGUUGCGCAUCAGAAGUCGCGGUGCAAACGCCGUCGAAGAGCUCAAUCUCAACAGCGAGGGCUCAGGGAUGCCUUCAAGAUUGGUCUUGGUUUCGAACUAACCGAAACCACUUCGGAUUGGUCGACUCCGGAAGAGCGGUCUUCACAUCAUUUUGUCGCUGUUUGA